CACGUGUCUCAUACCGAGCGGUCGUGUCGUACUUUGCUCUGCCCAAGAUGGUCUCUCAACGCCGAAAUGCCAAGUCGAAGAAGUCAAAUGAAACCGUUUCGACUGCUGUGGAGCCGACUUCACCUUCUGCUGUUACGACAAGCAAUUCUCAAGAGGAUGAAGGUCUUCAAACCCUUUUCUACAGAAGAUUCGUAGCGGAUAUUAUUAUGGCUUUCAAAGUGCUGCGAGCUGAGGUUUGGGCGGCAUAAUAUCACGCUGCAACGUAACAACUUCUUUUAUCGAGCUGCAUCGAUUCUUAACAAGCUUCCGCCGCCAUUUUUGUCUGUUAACUCGGCUGAUCAGCUGAAAAGUGCUCUGAAGAAACUUGAUGUCCUUCAGUUGUUGGGAGUUGAGGACGUUGUAUGAUGCUUUUUAUUGGAUAUUGUUGACACUAAUCCUGUUGUGGCAUUGCAUUUUACUAACCGCUCUGAAUUUAUGCCAUAAGCGCACUUUCAGGUGC